CCCAAACCUUAGAAGUGUCAAAAGACUUUAUUUUUGAACCCUAAACAAUUUUUACUCUAAAUGCAUAAAAUAUUCUAUUGAAAAAAAUGACCCUAAUUCUAAGGACUCUAAAGAACCCAGUCAUUUCGAUGAUCCAGGGCUAAUGUGUCUGACAACCCUUAAGCCCUAAUGACUGGAAAUGAUCCCAAAUGACCCUAAAUCCUCCUAGAACAGAGGGAUUCUUAGAAGGUCUUGUUAAAAUGUUGAUUCAGAUCAGCAGAUCUGUGGAGGGGCUUAAAACUCUGCCUUGGCUAGGCGCUGCAUAAGCCCAAAUGACCCAAAAGGAUGCCAAGAGAACUAAAACCACCCUCCAUUCUAAGAUGUCCUCAAAGAUCCUAGACAAAACUAAACCCUAAAUCCUAAGCAGCCCUAACCAUCAAGUUUCUUAAAUGAUGCUUGAAUCCCUAAGCCUAAAAUUAUCCCACAUGACCCUGAACUAACUCAAACAAGUCUAAAUGACCAUAAGAAUCAAAAUAGACUAAAAGAUUUUAAAUCUUACACCUCCCAAAGUGCCUUAAAAAUUCAAAUUUACUUUAAAUGAUUCUAAACCCCAAGAGUCCAAAAGACCCUAAAAGGACCCAAGAGAUCCUAAAUGCACCUAAAACCCCAGACUCCCUAAACAAUUCAAUUAGAUCCAAAAUUAUCCUAAACCCAAGUUGACCUUAAAUAUUUCAAUGGAGCCUAGAUCUGACGAGCCUGAAUUUCCCAGUCUCAAUGACAUUAAUGCUAUGCUAACAACUCUAGUGAACUUGACCUUGAUGACCCAACAAUCCUAAACUGUAAGAAGCAAUGGAGUAGACUGUUGGUGGCCUAUCCUGACCCUGAUUACCCCACGCCCCAAGGACUUAACAUCUAUGAUCCAAAGAGCAGGGCUCUGUUUAUAUACAUUGACUUUAGUCUUGACCCAGGGAAGCUAUUCAUGCUGAACUGGAAGACCCUGAGUUCCAAACAACAACGGACUGCUGUAUGAUUGAUUCUGACUCCCCUGACCCCAAUAACCCUAAAGUCUAAUUACCAUAAACUAAUGACCUUGAACUCUAAAUUGUGGAAAGGAGAUUAGAGCAGACCCACAUACACCCUGACCAGAACCCUAAUCCUACACCUCUCCCCUUGCUGAUGGGAUGUCUUCACCCUAACAAUCCUAAUGACAUGAGAACAGUGACAGAGAUUACACUGAGGCUUACUUGGACCUAAAUUGGACUUUGAUCCUCAGAGCCCUAAACCCUAAUAAUCCUGACUUUAAACCUUAAACCCUUGAACUACAAUAAAGCGGUAUUAAGGGAGCCCAAGCGUGGCACUCACUCUGAUUCUUCUGAUAUGGAACACAAUAAAACCUCACUACUACAUUCCUAAGCCCCAAGUGCACGCCCAUCACCUGAGGAUCUAGUUACAAAAUAAGAUGAAGUAAUAGUCUUUAGAAGUUCAUUGUACUUUUGACCUGGGGCCCAAAAAUCCAUCUAAGGACUGUGCGUCAUGUUUUUCACAGUGUAACCACUGAAAUUCAUCCUGAAUUAAGAUGAAAAUAAUGCAGAUUUUAGGCUUUGUAAGACUAAAUGUAACCUGCCCUUAAAAUCAUGACAUUGCUUUUUAGGCCAGUGUGACAUUCAGAAUAUUAAAGGGAGGGGGGAAUCCCAGGAGCUGCCACUUAAAGGAAAAGCCAGCCACCAGAAUCCAUAAAGGAUGCUGUAAAUGAAUCCUGCUGAGUGAUCCUUAAAGUGCUUUAUUCCCCAAAGGAAGAUGCUUCAAAAAUGCAUCUCCAGGAAAAUUCAAGAUCCAUAAGACUUUCUUGGACAUAUUAAAAGACAAUAGCUCUUUGAUCUCGGCCGCAGAAGCCCGAUGACGAAGGGAACAUCAUUUGGAAAGCGUCACAAUAAGACGCACACAUUAUUCCCCCGCUGUAGCUCUAAGGUUAGCCACGUUGAGAAGUCUACCUGUGGCAAAUGUGGCUACUCUGCAAAGCGAAAGAGAAAGUAUAACUGGAAUGCAAAGGCUAAAAGACAAAAUACUACCGGGACUGGUCCAGUGAGGUACCUAAAAGUUGUAUACUGCAGAUUCUGGCAUGGAGUCCGUGAAGGAACAGCACCUAAAUCCAAGAGGGCAACUGUUACAACAUUCAGUUCAUCUUAAGGAUUUCAACUAUUAGUCGCACAAUGAAUGUUCUGGUUUAAAAAAAAAAAAGAGAGAGCGAGAAAAUAAGUUUCUUUCAAUGAACUACAUAAAGGACCUGAAAGUCCUGGUAAUAAAGAUUUGUCUUAUGGUGUACAAUAAUUUCUUUUCUUUUAAAGACUUUAUUGGG